AUGGCCCACGCUUUCAGGAUCCACUUCCACAACAAUUGCCCCUACACCAUCUGGCCUGCUGUUGGCAAGGCCCCCAACGGCCGGCCUGACAACUCGGUCCACUUUGGAACACGCCUCAACAGCGGCGCAGGAGUCUCUUUCGACGUUGCCGACAGUGAACGUGGGAUCCGUGCUUGGGGCCGCACCGGCUGCGAUGUGAACGGAGCCAAUUGCAAGACGGGCGCCUGCACCGGUGGCCAGACGUGCAAUGACGCCGGUAUCACCAGUCACGCGCUCCUGUCCGAGUACGGCGCGGGCAACGAUGGCCGCGAGUACUGGAACCUGUCGUACGUCGGUGGCAUCAUCAACAUCCCCACCCGCCUUACUGGACCCGAUGGACAGUCUGUGCUGUGCCUUCCCGGCAAUUGCCCUCCCGACCAGGCUUUCCAAGGCCCUGAAGAUUUCAAGGCCGUCCGCAGCUCGGCAGCCGGCGGCACCUACACCCAUCUUUUCUGCCCUUGA